GUUUGCCCGGGGGGGAGCACGUGGUGGUCAGCACUCCAGCAUCUGCUGCGGUGGGAAGGUGUGACCUCAGAUUUCCCCUCGCGCUCUUUUUGCAGAGUUGGAGAUAAACUACUGCGUGGCUGUCCUCCAAAGCGGCCGCUAAACCUCCAAGCACACGCGCUCUCACAGUAAACACCUUUCACACCAUUAUCCACGGGAUUACCUUGUUUUCUGUGACACCUGCUACCUUUUUGGUGUGUGCACAGCUUUGACCCCGCCAAUGGGGGUUUGUGUCCGACCGCUGAGAGGCAUUUGGGAAGAAAAUAAAUAACUUCCUCUGGUUGUUUACAUUGGAAACAUAACUUCUCAAGCUCCACUGUGAAACAUGACAGACGCCAUGUUUGGCAGUGAGAAUGAGCACUGGGUCUGUCCCAAUGACAGACAACUAGCGCUUAGAGCAAAGUUACAUACAGGCUGGUCCAUCCACACGUUUCAGUCAGGGAGGCAGAGGAAAGCUCAGACACUUGAGAAAAGAGAGCUGGAUCUCAUCAUGAGUGUCAUCCACCGCGCUGAACAGCUCGAGAUCAUUGAGCAACACCGGAUUGGGCAUUUAGUGGAGCGUCUGGAGAACAUGAGGAGAUCUGCUGUGGGAAAUGGCCUGUCACAGUGCCUGCUGUGUGGAGAAGUGUUUGGUCUGCUGAGCUCUCCGUCCGUCCUCUGUUUGGACUGCUGCAUGAAGGUGUGCACCAAAUGUGGAAUCGAGACUGCAGGCAGUCAAAAAAGGGCUCAGUGGCUUUGCAAGAUCUGCAGCGAACGGAGAGAGGGGCUUGAGCACCCAUGGGAUAGGCGCCAAUGGACAUAG